CUUAAGAAUUUAGUCAUAAUAUGAAUCUGAUAUUAAGGCUGCAUCGCAGUGCAAAAUUUUGCAAAACUUUGCCUUCAAUACACACUAGCAGCUAUGUGUUGAAAAAUGGCGUCCCACUAACAACUGCUAUGCCAGAAUCUGCUAAAUUUAAAGGAGUGAAGACUUAUGAAGAUUUGUACAAAUUUUCGGUCAACAAUUCGGACGAUUUUUGGGGGGAACUCGCCAAAACUCGUUUGGACUGGUAUAAGCCAUUUUCACAGGUGUCAGACUGUGAUAUGAAUUCUGGUAACAUUAAAUGGUUUGAUGGCGGAAAAUUAAAUGUCAGUGUUAACUGUGUUGACCGUCACGCUGCAAAACACCCAGAUAAGGUGGCUUUAAUAUGGGAAAAAGAUGAGCCUGGCAACACUGAAAAAGUCACAUACUCACAGCUUUUGGCGAUGGUUUGUAAAAUUUCAAAUUGCUUGAAAGACAGUGGAGUAAAGCGCGGUGACAGGGUGGCAAUCUAUAUGCCUGUAUCCCCUAUUGCUGUGGCUGCUAUGCUAGCUUGUACACGCAUAGGUGCUGUGCAUAGUGUUGUCUUUGCUGGGUUCAGUGCAGAUGCUUUAGCUCAGAGAAUACAAGACGCAGGAGUGGAAACUAUACUCACUACAGAUCAAGGUGUAAGAGGUGGAAAAGUUAUUGAGCUGAAAAAAACUGUCGAUGCCGCAGUGCAAAAAUGCCCAUCCGUUAAAAGAGUCUUUGUUUCGAAAAGAACCGGCGAAAACGCCCCGAAAACUAAUUUGGAUAUUGACUUAGACGCUGCAAUGAAAACAGCUUCGGAAAAUUUUACCCCAGAGGUUAUGGAUAGUGAAGAUUUACUGUUUAUGCUCUACACAUCUGGUAGUACCGGAAAACCUAAGGGAAUAGUGCAUACUCAAGCUGGGUACUUACUCUAUGCAAGCAUGACUCAAAAGUAUGUGUUCGAUUAUCAUGAUGGGGACAUUUUCGGCUGUGUUGCUGAUAUAGGGUGGAUAACAGGCCAUAGUUAUGUGGUUUAUGGCCCACUGUCUAAUGGGGCAACUACUGUAUUAUUUGAAAGUAUACCCACAUAUCCAGACCCUGGCAGGUAUUGGGAAAUGGUCGAACGACUGAAAAUUAACCAGUUUUAUGGGGCACCUACAGCUAUAAGGUUACUGUUACGCUAUGGGGAUUCAUUUGUGAAAAAAUAUGACCGGUCUUCUUUAAAAGUUUUGGGUAGUGUGGGCGAACCUAUCAACCAUGAAGCUUGGGAGUGGUAUCAUAAUGUUGUGGGGGAUGGAAAAUGUGAUGUAGUAGAUACAUGGUGGCAAACUGAAACAGGGGGCAUUGCUGUAACACCUAGACCCUCUGGACCUAAUGAUAAGAUUAUACCGGCAGCGCCUAUGAGGGCAUUCUUUGGAAUUCAGCCGGCAAUUUUAGGCUCAGAGCAAGAGGACUUGCAGGGGGUAAAUGAAGGCGCUUUAUGUAUUAAAAAUCCAUGGCCUGGAAUGGCUAGGACUAUUUACGGUGACCAUGAAAGGUUUAUGGAUACCUAUUAUCGGCCGUUUCCGGGACAUUAUUUUUCCGGAGACGGGGCGAAGCGGGACGAAGAGGGAUUCAUUCACAUCACGGGGAGAAUGGAUGACGUCCUUAACAUCAGUGGACAUCGACUCGGAACAGCGGAAGUUGAGGAUGUUUUAGAUGAACAUCCGGAUGUAGCUGAAGCUGCUGUCGUAGGGGUACCUCAUGCUGUGAAAGGAGAAGAAGCGUUCGCGUUCGUGACCGUGAAAGAAAACUUCUCACGUGAUCAUGAAACGCUAGUGAAAGAGCUUCAGGGAUUGGUCCGUGAGCGUAUUGCAUCAUUUGCUGUCCCAUCACAGAUGCUGGUUACGGAGGGUCUUCCGAAAACGAGGUCUGGGAAAAUUAUGAGGAGGAUUCUUCGAAAAGUUGCGGCUGGUCAAGUUGAUGACCUUGGAGAUAUAAGCACCCUUGCUGACCCUACUGUGGUGCAAUCUUUGUCUAUUAGAAGGAGGAAUAUGGACAAGUAAUUUUGUUUAUUGGUAAUGGGCCAACUCUGUCUAUAAGAAGAAAUACGGACCAGUAUUUUGUUUUGAUUGGUAAUAGGCCAAUUCUGCCUUUAAUACCAGGUCCCCAGGAGUGCCUUGCCUCCCUACAGAAGAGAAAUUAUAUUUAUCAAUUAUCAAUGCCAUAUUAAUGUUUUAGAUUCUUUAUAAAUCUUGAGAAAAAUGGUUACGAUGCAAUAUAUUUGUGUGUAGAUAGUUUAAAUAGAUAACCGGCAAGUAGCGAGUAGCAUUUGGGUUAAAUUUAUGGUUAUUUUAGGUUUCUAUUUUAAUCAGAGAUAGUAAUUUUGUGUUUAUGUUUGUAAAAAAACAAUUGUGCAAUACCAUACUUUAUUUGACAUGUUUUAAAUUGCAAUUUGAACAAAGGCUUAAUUCAUUUAUUGCCAUUUUUAAAUAAUUGUAUAAUUUUCCGAAUAAUAAUAAUCUUCUGGUUUUUAGCUUAUAAGUUUGUAAAAUGUUAUUGUAUCAUUACAUUAUCACAGUGUUUGUAAAAGUGGUAAAACUAUACUGUAACAGGGCAUGCUGCGUGUGUAAAGUGGUUUAGAAACAUAAAACAUUAUAAUAGUAGGGUGGGGGAAGAUGGGACACCGUUUCAUUUAAUUUUGUUGUCCCAUUUGGUCGUAAACAGAGAACUUUCAAAGAAUUAUAAAACCGUAUCAUCACGACUGCCAUGGACCGUUGUUAAUUGUUUAAAACACGAUCAGGAUAUUUAGAUAUUAUGUGCUAAAGGUGUCCCAUCUUACCCCACAGUACUCUAUCAGUCUGUUAUGUAAAAACAUUUAUUUUUCGAUUUUUUUUUUCUGGGUUGUGUUGGAAAUUAAGAAAAAAUCAAAUAAAAAAACGUGUAUAAUUUAUUGUACCACAUAUCAUGUGUUACUGUUUUAUUUCCAAAGACAUGAAAUGGUACAUAUUAUGUUUGUUUGUACAUAUCUUCUUUGCAUUAAGGCUUUAUAGUAUAGUCACGAUGAAUUGCUAUAUUUCACAUGUUGUAUACUCCAUUACCAUUAUGGAAAUUUAUGCAAAUCGUGCAUUACAUAUUUAUGUAACUAAAAUUUUUGUCUAAAUAGUCUUAAUCCAAUACAUUACUUGCUGUUAGUAUCUUAAUCAAGGUGAAUUAGAAACAUAAAUAUUGCAAAAUAACCUCAAUUUAUAACCUGAUACUUUUUCUACUUUUCACGCGUGAUAGAUUUUGGUGAUACAUGAUACGCCCAUGAAUGAUUAUUCACUUGAGCAAUUGAUCAUAUUUUCAUUUUCA